AUGACGGGUGAGUAUUACUUGCGUAUAUUGUCCGCCGGCGCAGAUCCCAAUAUCGACAUUGUCGCCGUUCAUGGGCUCAACCCCAAAAGCAAGAAAAACCAUGCUGAGAAGACCUGGGAGUCGAAUGGGAAGCUAUGGCUCAGGGAUUUUCUUCCCAAGCAACUGCCACGAGCCAGGAUUUUUCUCUUCAGUUACAACUCUAAAGUUGCAAUCCAGUCAUCCGCAGCUGGAGUGCGAGAGCAGGCACAUGUCCUCCUUGACCGCUUAAGACUGGAAAGAGAGAAGUGUGAACAUCGACCCCUGCUUUUCAUUGCCCAUAGCCUGGGAGGGAUUGUUGUCAAAGAGGCGCUUGUACAAGCCAAACUCAGCGCAACAUAUGGCUCGAUAUGCACGUCGACCUUUGGAAUCGUUUUCUUCGGUACGCCACAUCGAGGGACGCACCUGGCACGUGUGGGAGGCGUGGCUGCAAAGUUCGUGAGGGCUCUACUAGGAACAGCGAGCAAUACCCUACUGAAGGCCCUUUCAAAAGGCAGCCUUUACGCCCUGGAGCUGUCUGCGAACUUUGACAAGCUUCUUGAAAACUACAAGUAUCUCAGCUUUUAUGAGACGCUACCAUUCAAAAGCAUCGGCAUAGUUGUGGGAAAAGAUUCUGCUGUUCUUGGCUUGCCUGACUCCCGUGAGAAAGCGAUCGCAUUGAAUGCCGACCAUGAAGAGAUUUGCAGAUUUCACUGCGACAAAGACGAUCGAUAUCAAUAUGUGUCUUCGCUAAUUGUCGAAAUGGCAAACUCAGGCACGGAGACGCGCCAGUUAACCAGUUGCCUAGAUGAAUCAGAGUCCACCCUCGUGGUCGAUGAAGCCGACCCUUGCUUCUGGAUGAUACCUUAUACACGUAAUCCCGGGUUUGUCGGCCGCGAGCAUACAUUAAGUCAGGUUAUGGAGCGUAUCAUGCCACUCGGAAAGGUUCAUUCGAGAGUAGCCUUGUAUGGUCUCGGAGGUGUCGGUAAAACCCAGAUAGCCAUUGAGCUGGCGCACCAAGUCCAUGAAGCCCACCCCGACGCGUCGGUGUUCUGGAUCCACGCAAACAGUAUCAGCCGUUUCCAAGAAAGUUAUUAUCAUCUGAUCAAGGAAUGCGAGAUUGAGAGUCCAGAAGAUAAACCACAAGACCUCAUGCUUGUCAAGCAAUGGCUUGAAAAGCAGUGUAAACGCUGGUUGCUGAUUAUCGAUAACGCUGACGAAGCCUCACUCUUCACAUCAGAUGGGCGCCAAGGACAAAGAGCCUCGACCUCAAAUAAGCAGCUGCAAGAAGAUUCUUCCAUCGUCCAGUUCCUUCCCGAAAGUCCAUAUGGCUCUAUUCUCAUUACGACCCGUAACCGAGCUGCUGGUGUCAAAUUCGUCAGGGGUAUUGGCCGAAACAUGCUCGAGGUGGAUACUAUGACCAAAGAAGAAUCGAGAUGCUUAAUCAAAUCUGCUUUGAGUGGCAAUUAUCCGACAGAGUCGGACAUGGAUGAGCUCGCGGAGAUGCUCGACUAUUUACCGUUGGCAAUUAUGCAAGCCGCUUCAUUUAUGGAAGAAAACGUGCUUACUGUGAACGAAUACAUUAAACUGCAUAAUGACAGUGACGAGACCAAAAUGAGUCUACUGUGCGAGCCCUUCGAGACGUUAGGAAGAGACAGCGAAACCCCAAAUGCUCUUGCUACCACUCUGAUCGUUUCUCUAGAUCAUAUCAAUACAAAAGAGCCAAACGCUAUCGAGGCUCUUUCUCUUGUCGCUUUUCUUGACCAGCAUAAUAUUCCAUCAAGUCUGAUGGAACAGAGGCUUGUCGGGCCACUUGAUCUGACCAAGGCGCUGGGUACACUUAAGGCAUUCUCGCUCAUAAUAGCAACAGGAAAGGGUCAAAACUUCUCUAUCCACCGGCUUGUACAGCUUACUGUGCGGAAAUGGCUAAUCAUCGAGCACACCUUCGACGAAAGAGCGAUUCAAGCGAUGGAUACUCUCGCCGAAGUCUACCCGAACGCUGAAUACGAAAAUUGGGCUAUCUGCGCUGCUUAUUUGCCUCAUGCUAUAUCUGUCCUCAGGUUCACACCGGAGCUGCAUGGGAAGCUGCUCCGAAGGAGGCUUUAUCUUCAAGAAGGGAUAGCAUACUAUUUGUGGUCGCAGGGCCGUAACGAUGAGGCAGAGAAGUUGGAUCUUCUCAUCGUGGAAGAGAAUAAGAAGGAAUUUGGUCUGGAGCAUCCAGAAACAUUGGAGAGCAUUGCAGGCCUCUCCUCAACGUACUCCAAUCAAAAUCGACUUGCCGAAACCGAAGAGUUGAACUCGCUUCUUGUUACAGCCUACACAAAGCUUUACGGGCCGAACGAUAUCAUUACCAUGAGGAGUGAAAGAUGUCUGGCAGCGACUUACCGGAAACAAUGUCGUUUCGAGGAAGCGGAAAGCCUGCUAUUAAAAGUUCUUGAAAGAGCCAAGUCCGUCUUCGGAGAAGAACAUGAGGAGUCGGUAUGUGCCAUGGGCCACCUGGGCCUGCUUUACACUGAUCUGGGUAGAUGGGAUGAGGCUGAAGAAUAUUCCAUCAAGGAUUUGGAAUGGCACCAAAAGAAUCUCGGGCCAGAUAAUCCCUGGACUUUGGACCUGGCCAUUAAUCUCGCGUCACUUCACGAAACUCAGGGAAAACUGCUUGAGGGGAAAGCACUAGGCAUACAAACGCUUCAGAUUUGUGAAGAUAAACUGGGCCUAGAUGACGAGAGAACUCGAAAUUGCCAACAGCUCCUGCUAAACAUCUACUUCGAGCUAGAUGAAUGGCAGAAAGCAGAGGGACUAUGCUUACAGAUUCUGGAAGAGACCUCGAGAAUAGAUGGACCUAGUCAUUUUAAGACCCUCAGCUCGAAGGAACAAUUGUCCGCUAUCUAUGAAGGACUCGGCGACGACAAUAAAGCUGAGAAACUGGACAACGAGAUAAUUGACGAGUGCACCCGUACGUUCGGUUCCGAUCACGCCUACACGCUGAAAUUCAGUGCUUUGGCUCAGCGACGCCGAGGGAAACAGGCCGAGGCGAUACAGCUGAUGGCGCAAGCUAUAAAUAAAGAAGAAAUCUUGUUAGGCGCCUUCCAUGAUGAAACAUUGGCAUCGGUCCGGAUACUGAGGCUCUGGUGUGAACCCGAACGAGAUAUUGUUGACAUCCUAUUGGAAGCGGAGGCUAAUUGUUCAUGA